CAAGCCCGGGUAAUUUGACCGUGCGCUACAAUGCCGCGGGAUAUUAUUACUCUACAACUCGGACAAUGUGGAAAUCAAAUUGGGAUGGAGUUUUGGAAGCAGCUGUGUGCUGAACAUGGAAUCAGUCCUGAAGGCACUCUUGAAGAAUUCGCAACAAGUGACGCUGAUCGCAAAGACGUAUUUUUCUACCAGGCAGAUGACGCUCACUAUAUUCCUCGUGCUGUCUUGCUGGACCUGGAACCACGUGUAAUCAAUACAAUCUUAUCUUCACCUUAUGCUCGACUUUACAAUCCUGAAAAUGUAUAUUUAUCUAAACAUGGAGGUGGUGCUGGUAAUAAUUGGGCAGCCGGAUAUACGCAAGGUGAAAAACUGGAAGAAGAAGUGUUUGAUAUUAUUGAUCGUGAAGCCGAAGGAAGUGAUAGCUUAGAGGGUUUCGUAAUGACUCAUUCUAUUGCUGGAGGGACGGGAUCUGGAAUGGGUUCAUUUAUUCUUGAACGUCUUAAUUCACACUUCCCCAAAAAACUUAUUCAAACUUAUUCAGUAUUUCCAAAUUUAGAAGAAACUAGUGAUGUUGUUGUUCAACCCUACAACAGCUUAUUAACAUUAAAGCGUCUAACUUUGAAUGCUGAUUGUGUGGUUGUUCUAGAUAACACUGCUCUGCAUCGAAUAGCUACUGAUCGUUUGCAUAUUGAGAAUCCAUCAUUUACACAAAUCAAUCAGCUGGUCUCCAAAGUAAUGUCUGCAAGUACGGCCACACUUCGUUAUCCAAGCUAUAUGAAUAAUGAUUUGAUUGGUUUAAUAGCUCCACUGACGCCAACUCCACGAUUACAUUUCUUGAUGACCGGUUAUACUCCACUAACAACAGAUACUGAAGUUGCAACGAUCCGACGAACAACUGUAUUCGAUGUCAUGAGACGUUUGCUACAGCCGAAAAAUAUGAUGGUCUCCACUCCAACACAACGCGGUGUUAGUCAUUGUUAUGUUUCUAUACUAAAUAUAAUUCAAGGAGAAGUCGAUCCUACUGAAGUACAUAAAUCACUACAGAGGAUUCGAGAGCGCCGUAUGGCCCAGUUUAUACCCUGGGGUCCAGCCAGCAUUCAAGUCGCUCUAUCUAGACGAUCCCCAUAUGUUCAAACACCUCAUCGUGUCAGUGGUCUUUUACUUGCAAAUCAUACAAGUAUAUCAACUCUUUUCCUGCGUACUUUAGCUCAAUAUGAUAAAUUGCGUACUCGUGGUGCCUUUAUUGAACAAUUCCGUAAAGAAGAGGUAUUUCGUGAUGAUCCAGAAUUAAAAGAAUUUUCUGACAGUAGACAAGUUGUUCAUAAUUUAAUUGAAGAGCAUAGUGCAGCAACUCGAUCUGAUUAUGUUCAUUGGGGUGCUCAGCGUGCCGCCGCAGUAGCUGCAACACAAGCAGCGGCUGCAGCAGCCGCCAAUUCAAAUCCUUAGAUUUCUAAUGAGGUGUUUUUCGUCUAUCAAUUUUUUUAUUAUUCACUAUUCUGUUAUAAACUACAUUUUCUACUUUUCAAAUGCUUCAAAAGUUUUUUUAGGACUGCCUUUUUACUAAAAGUUUUGUAUUGUUAUAUUUUUUCAUCCGUUUUUAAUAAAAAAAGAACAUUUCACUCUGAGCAUUUCCAAACAUAUCAAAUAAAAUGUAACCGAAUAACAACAACUUUUGAUAGUUCCGUAUGUUUAGAUGUUGACGAUCUCUAAAAAAAUUUUUUAAGAUUUAAAAAUAGUUAUUUAUUGUUGUUUAUGCAAUAAUUGUUACAACUCCAUUGAAUUUUCUUAUCAUUGAAAACCUCGUUACUUGACAUUAUAAUGUUUAACUAGACUAAAAGCAAUCUCAGUCGUUUAAUAAAAGUAGAGAUUUCGAACGUUCUUGUAGAAACUAUUUAUAGUUACUUCUGUAUGCCUAGAUCUUAUCGAUUAAACUGUACUACAUUUAAGGAACAUUGUCAGUUGGUUUAUCAAACUUCUUUAUUUGAAACCUUUGAAUUAGUUACAUUAACAUAAAGUGAAUUUUCAAUAUAUGAUAACUAUUUGUAUAUCAAAUAGAACGAUUACGGGAAGAUGAAGCUACAAACCGUUAAAUUGUAAAAGAAAAAAAGAAUCCAAAUAUUUUAAUGGUUCAAACUGUCACUAUCUUUAAUUGUCUGCAUGGAAUGCUCAGAUGUUCGAGAAUCCGCGUUGAUAAUACUAACCGUAUUUUAUGAUCCAAAUAUCGAUUUGUAAUAAAUAAUUUGUUAUAAAAAUAUUUAUGCUGACAAUGUAUCCAUUAAAAAGAUGUUAUGUAUUUGUACCGCUCGAAAGUCUAAAUUAAGUCUCUGGAAUAUACCAUAAAC